AUGGAGCUGUCACGGCUACAUAACAAGGAUGCAUUGGUCGAGAUUAUUACCCAAAAUCUAAAUUCCCAUUUGGAAAAUCUUCCCGAUGAUCUUGAAAGGAAAGACAAUGGAGCUUCAAUCUAUAGAAUACCGGACCAUAUAAAGAAGGUUCAUCCAAAGGCAUUCAAGCCGAAGCGGGUAUCGUUCGGGCCAUACCACCACGGGGAACUGCAUUUGUCUCCCAUGGAAAAGAUGAAACAUUUGGCACUUCGCUACUUCGAAAGGCGCUGCGGGUUGUGUGUUGAAGACAUCGUGAAUGAGCUGUGGGACAUGUUGGAAGAUCUGCAGAGAUCAUAUGAUAAACUUGAUGAUGAAUGGAAAAAGAAACCAACCAAGUUUUUGGAGGUUAUGAUCUUGGAUGGUUGUUUAAUGAUGCAAGUCUUGUUGGAGGAUACCGAUGUAUCGAAAUUUACUACUACGGAUGUACUACGAGAUAUGUUGCUGCUCGAGAAUCAGCUGCCCAUGAAGCUUCUUGACAAGCUUUAUUUGAUGUCAAUGCCGGAGCAUAACAAAAAGGUCAAAUCGCUUGUUUGGGAGUUCAGGAACUUACCCACGGAGGUAAAGAAGACGUUAUUGGAGAGAGACUACUUGCACCUUCUAGAUAUGUAUAGGGCAGAAUUGGUUUUCUACAAGGGGAACGAAUGGAAACCACUUCAACGAAGCCACUUGGGAAUGGGUCAUGAGAUUCAACUAGCCACACGCUUCCAUAAAGCUGGGAUCAAGUUCAAGAAAGGGUGUAACCUUAUGGACGUGUAUUUUGAUCGAAAACGAGGUGUGUUAAGCCUCCCGUUCAUCGAAAUGAAUGCUCAUAUUGAUUCGGGAUUAGUGAACGCGAUGGCAUUUGAGAAACUUUAUGGGAUUGAUAACAUAGUAGACUCUUUCGUAAUCUUGAUGGGUAAUUUAAUGGAGAAAGAUGAGGUAGAUUCAUUCAAUCAGCUAGCCAAAGGUGAGGUUUUGGGCAUGUGGGGCCACUACAAUUACGUCUACAAUUCAGUGAAUGAGCAUUGUAAAAGACCAUGGAGAAUAUGGUGGACGACUCUCAAAGAUGUCAACUUUCAAAGUCCCUGGACGAUUAUCUCUACUCUUUCUGCUUUGAUCGGUUUUGCGUUCCUUAUUAUCCAAACCGUAUAUGGAGUGUAUGGCUACUACAUGCCACGUCGAUCUUGAUCCAACACCACUCAUAUGCUUUGGUUUCAAUCAUGUUUUAGUUAUUUUGUUUUCUUAUCGUAUUAUUUGUGUGUGUGGAGAUAUCCUAUCUCUAACAUUAUCUCUUCACAAUCUCGAGCUUCAAAAAUUUCUCUUCUAAGCUCCAAAG